UCCUUGUGUAAAAACCGUAUCGAUCUCCAUUCAAGAAUCUUAAAACGCGUAAAAUGUAAUUUACGUAAACGGAUUAUCAUUUAGUUGCUAGAUCUCUCGACGUGACGUUUCCCGUUGGGGAAUACCCAGCCGCGAAAGUUGAUUACCUUCUGCGCAUUUGAUCUUCGGCUACUUUGGACAAUAGAUUCGUUCCUUUCUGCAAAGAAGAGUACAUUGUGCCUGAAGCCAAGGAGUAUGUCUGCCUCCUCUAGAGUUCAAUGUCAAGACGCCACGCAUCGUCGUGUAACCUGCUUCUAACCAGGGUCGAUGAAUCACCGAAUAACGUCCCAUCUUAUUCAUUGUAUGCUUAUACAACAACGGAUUGCAGCCCGUCUUGACCCACAACACCUUUACACGAAAUGGUUUUAUCUUCUACUUAGCAAACCAUCUCCAAGUUUUUGCUCAUAGCCCAUUGGAAAUGUGCUUUCAUAGAACAGAAUUUGUGGCUCACAAAUUUGCUACGUCUGGGUAUUCCGUUUGUGCUGUUAUUAACACGUCCACUGUAAUAUUUCUCUAUAUUUAACGCGCCUCUACUGCUAACAGUGUAACCAGUUGUUCAGUUAAUUACAUCCUCGUACUCAAGAGAGUAUGCUACUUCCUUAAUGUUUUUAUUUUUUAAGUGUACUCUAACAAUAUGAUGCAAAAUACGUACUGUAUUAAAUAUUUUUUAAUAUUGUUCUCUCUAUAAAAAUUAUAUUCUAGAUUAUUCUUAAAAUCAUGACUGUGUUUGUUGCGACGCUAAAUCUUCUAAGAAUAUACGUACAAUGUAAUCACUGAACGUAUCCUACUAGAGGUAUGAGCAAUUGAAUCAUUCAUGCAAUCGGUUGGGAAUCAUUCAAUUAAUAUACGUAAUAUCGAUUAUCUUAUGAUUUAUCGUAUAAUCCUAUGAUUGCACUCUAGGAUCUACUCGACCAUUUGACAUUUCUUGGAGAUUCAAUGACGUGUGUUAAAUGUACGUGGUAUAUUCCAACAACAAUACGUAAUCAGACGAUGCAGUGAGAUUUUGAAAUUGUGUAAUGAUAGAAACGUCUUGUAAUCUUUUUUCAAAUUUAGAAAUGUGAAUAGUCAUUGAUAACGAGUGAGAACGAUGAAGAGCAGGAUUCUAUAAAGAGCAGACACAAGACAAAGCGGUUCGACGACAACAAUAAUGAAUAAAAGGCGAGAGUCCAAGCGAGCACUGGCAAGCACUCAUCGUUAAAGAGACUGAAGCCAUAAACGAAAAUGUAUGAAAAGGGAAACGCCGGAAAUCGAGGAGGUGUGCGUUAACGCAGCCGUGAAUGGAAACGGGCUGAAAAAAAGCGACGGGAAGAAUCGAACGAGUAACGUAAAAAAUGAAAACUUCGGAUGCGGUGAACCGCAGAUCGAUUGAAAGCUUGGGAAACUCGUGAAUGUUAACGAUGAAAGCACUAUCAAUAAAGCACGGUCCAACGAUCUAACGAAAAUAAUGAUGAAAACUUGAGAUGAAAAAUGAAAUCGAGUUCUGUUUCUGGAUAAUCCCAUUUCUUUUCGCGCGUACGAUUCACCACGUGAUUGUAACUCCAUUCGUCGAAGAGUAUUACGUGAGUGGACACACGACGAAUAUCAAUAAGGAGUUUAAGGUCGUUCAUACUUAUUAAAAAAGGGCGGAGUGCGGUCGCGCUCGAGUCAGAACGGUUUCAGAGAUGGCCAAGAGCAUUUUUCGUGCCGCUGCACCUCUCUUGUGUGUCGUGACAAUCGCGUGGGCAGGUGAUCGCGCUCUUCUCGGAGGGGAAGACGAACGACGAUGGAACACGCCACCGGAAUUGAUACCUGAACAAUUUAUGAAGACUAACGACGUGAAGAACGAGCGAUCCUUGACGAUUCCGAUCACCACAAGUAUUAAUGUGAACGCGGGAAGCAAUGCGCAUUCUUUAGGGUUUCAAGUUGGUCCCGAAGGCAUUAGCUAUUCUGAAAGCAAUAGCUUCAAUCGACCAUUGUCUCAAUCGAACGGAGUUUCGCAAAGCCAAUCGGUGUCAUUCUCCGCGGGAUUAACGGGGAUAGCCGGUGCUGUAUCCGAAGCUAGCAGUCAACAUCAUCCUAUAUAUGGUAAUCAAGGGAAUGCCAAUAAUCAAGCGCUCGGUUUUGGCAUCGCAGCUGCUUCUUCGUCUGGAACCGUCCAAAAUGGACAUGUGGCUACCUCCGCUGCGUCUUCUGUCGGUUCAGUACAUUCCUCGGCUUCGUCAGGCUCCUCUCAGGGUAUGAACAUCAGGUUUCCGGACCAGAGUCACAACCGUCCAAUUUGGACUAACAUUCGCCCGAAUCACAACAAUAAUGGUCACCAACCCACGCGUAUGCCGAAAUUAGACAUCGAGGUGAAACCGCACCGUGAACCAAAUCGUAAACCGAUAAUGUUAGUUGUUUCGGCACCCGGUCCAAGAUGGGAAACGAGACAACCGAAAAUUGAGAUACAUAAAUGGCAUCCUACUUACAGAAUGUAUUACGACGAUGAACAAAGAUAAAGAUGUUACAAGAAUAAAUGUAAUUUUAAUUAUUGUGAUUGUUUUUUUAUUUGAUGAUGUUCCGUGAAAUAAAGAUAGCCUGUUCAUUCAGA